CAGUUUCAAAAGAAACACAGGGAAACUUCACUCCUUUGUAAAAAAAAAAAAAAAAAAAAAAAAAAAAGGUGCAUUGUUAAUGUCUACAAUUUUGAAUAUUUCACUGGCUUUUGAAGAAGAGUUACUUCUGGAAACAACGAGAGAGCGAGAGAGAGAAUUGCAACAGAUAUAUGUUUAUUUGUAGCAGUGUUUGAUGUACAGACACAGACACAGUCACACUCACGCACACACAAAAUCUGAUUUCAGUUGCAAAGAUUCUUCAAGCUUUGUGACCACAACAAUUGAUCAACCAUGGUUAGGUGGUUCCAUCGUGAUCUCAGUGGGGUCGAUGCUGAGGCGAUGCUGAAAUCCCGCGGAAUGCAUGGCAGCUUCUUAUGCCGCCCAAGCCGCAAGAACCAGGGAGAUUUCUCCCUGUCUGUCAGGGUGGGUGAGCUGGUGACUCACAUUCGGAUCCAAAACACAGGUGAUUUCUAUGACCUGUACGGAGGGGAGAAGUUUGCCACGCUGUCAGAGCUUGUGGAGUAUUACACCACAGAGCACGGGACCCUGCAGGACCGGGAUGGGACCCUCAUCGAGCUGCGCUACCCUUUGAACUGCUCCGAGCCCACCUCUGAGAGGUGGUACCACGGGCACCUGUCUGGUCAGGCUGCUGAGAAGCUGCUGUGGCAGAAGGGGGAGGAGGGCACCUUUCUGGUGAGGGAGAGUCUGAGCAAGCCUGGGGACUUCGUCCUGUCAAUCCUGACCGGAGAGAGCAUGGAGGUGAACGGAGACCAGAGGAACAGAGUCUCACAUGUCAAGAUCAUGUGCAAGGGUGGUCGCUACACUAUUGGAGGUGUGGAGCAGUUUGAAAACCUCACUGACCUGGUGGAGCACAUUAAACAGAAUGUGAUCGAAGAGGUGUCUGGAACCAAGGUCUACCUGAAACAGCCCUACUACUCGACCCGUAUCAACGCUGCAGACAUCGACAGCCGCGUUCAGGUCCUGACAAAAACAAACGAGACUGACGAGGCGAGCAAGAACAAGGCGGGAUUCUGGGAGGAGUUCGACGCUCUUCAAAAGCAAGAAGCCAAACUGAAGAAGAGCCGCAACGAGGGGAUGAGACCAGAGAACAAGAGCAAGAACCGCUACAAGAACAUCCUGCCCUUUGAUGAGACUCGAGUUAUCUUGCAGUCAGGUGAUCCCAGAAUCAUUGGCUCUGAUUACAUCAAUGCAAACUACAUCUCGAAUUUGCUGACAGAGUCAUGUGACAGGAAAAAGUUCAUCGCCUCACAGGGCUGCCUCGCCACUACAGUCAAUGACUUCUGGGAGAUGGUGUGGCAGGAGAGGUCAAGAGUCAUCGUCAUGACCACCAGGGAGGUGGAGAAGGGAAGGAACAAGUGUGCUCGUUACUGGCCGGAGCCGAAGGAAACGAAGGAGUUCGGGUCGUUCCUGGUGAGACACGUGAGCGAGCAUGACGCCGUCGACUACACCGUGAGAGUGUUGCAGAUCAGUCCACUGAACCAGAGUGAUGACCAGCGCAAGAUCUGGCACUACCAGUAUCUCAGCUGGCCGGAUCACGGGGUCCCCACGGAGCCCGGGGGGGUGCUUAGCUUCCUGGAGCAGGUGAACAACAGGCAGAGUGAACUAAGGAAUGCCGGGCCCAUCAUAGUGCACUGCAGGUAA